AUGGCUUCUCGGAGGCCGGCCCUUCGUUUCCUCGCGCCGUGCACGCCACGCAGUCAAUUGAGCGUCUCGCUGUCCCUCGCUUCCCGCUCGAGCUCUCGGAGGGCGUUGUCAAGCCUCCCAGGUCCUGCAACCUCUGGUCAAACAUUCGCACCUCGGAGGAGAUACUUGGGCUGGGCUGCCUUUGGUCUCCUGGUUACUGUGCCCCUGACGUAUAAGAUGGCCAUCGAUGAACCCCUCAACAUGGAUUCGCUCGCGGAGCGUGACCAGCAACUCAAGGCCGAUCAGGGCGUGUCGGAGCUCUCGCCGAUGCGUCUGCGCAUGGAGAAAUUCGUCAAGGAGCAGCAAAAGGCCAUUGUGCGCGCGCUGGAGGAAGUGGACGGCACGAAGUUCCGGGUAGACGAAUGGCAGCGCAAGGAGGGCGGCGGCGGCAUCACCUGCGUGCUGCAAGAGGGCAAGGUAUUCGAGAAGGCGGGUGUCGGCGUCAGCGUUGUCUACGGCACCCUGCCGAAGGCGGCCAUUCUGAAGAUGCGCGCAAACCACAAAAACAUCGCCGACGAGAAGAACAUCCCAGACAGCCUUGAGUUCUUCGCGGCAGGGCUCAGCUUGAUCGUGCAUCCGCACAACCCAAUGGCGCCAACGGUGCACCUGAACUACAGAUAUUUCGAGACCGCGAACCCAGACGGGUCGCCCGGUGCUUGGUGGUUCGGCGGCGGCUGCGACCUGACUCCAUGCUAUCUCUUCGACGAGGACGCGAUAGAAUUCCACAAGUCGAUCAAGGAGGCAUGCGACAAGCACAACAAGGACUACUACCCGAGGUUCAAGAAGUGGUGCGACGAGUAUUUCUACAAUAAGCAUCGCGGCGAGUGCCGCGGCAUUGGCGGCAUCUUCUUCGACGACCAAGACGAGUCGGUGGCGGACAAAGAGAACCUCUUCGCCUUCAUCCAGGACGCGCUCAAGUCGUUUGUGCCGACCUACGUCCCCAUCGUGAACAGGCGCAAGGACAUGCCAUUCACGGAGAAGGAGAAGGAGUGGCAGCAGAUCCGCAGGGGCAAGUACGUGGAGUUCAACCUGGUGCACGAUCGGGGAACGGCAUUCGGGUUGAACACGCCUGGGGCCAGGGUAGAAAGUAUUCUCAUGAGCAUGCCGCUGACGGCGAGCUGGAAGUACAUGUAUGAGCCGGAGCCGAAGAGCAGAGAAGCGCGGUUGGUUGAGGUGCUGAAGAAUCCCAAGGAGUGGGUAUAG